CCUCCCCACCUCAUCGCCCUCGUCCAUGUCGCUGUGCGGGCCGAGCCCAGAGCUCGCGGCGCUCGACGCGCAGGUGCCCAACAAGAUCGAGUGGCGCUACGAGAUGCGCCGCGAGGCCCAGGAGAUCCUCCCUGGACUCUACGUCGGGCCGUUUCAGCCUAGCUGGAAGCGCGAGGCCCUUAAGGGCCUGGGCAUCACCCACAUCCUGUGCAUCGCCGACCCUCGCGAGGCCCACUUGUUCAAGCCUCGCUUCCCGGACGACUUUGUCUACCUCAUCCAGGACAUCCGCGACGCCGACGACCAGAACCUCAUCCGCAUCUUCCCUCAAGCUCAAAUGUUCAUCGACUCGGCCCUGUCGGCCGGCGGGCGCGUCUACGUUCACUGCGGCGACGGCAUCAGCCGCUCACCCGCCAUCGUCACCGCCUACGUCAUGAUCAAGACCGGGCUCAACCAUGAGGACGCGUUCGCCUUUGUCCAGUCGAGGCGGUUCUGCGUCGCGCCGCGCACCGAGUUCGUCCACCAGCUCGAGGCGUACCGCCCUAUGGUUCUCGCGGCGCAGACGAUGGCGGCUGACCAAGGCGCGCAGGCCGGUCAGCGCACGAACCGCCGCGGUCGCGAUGACGACGACGAGGAG